UUCUAUUUUUUACUGAUAAGCUACAAUAGGAUUACUGCAAAAAAGAAUGGAGAUGAGUGAGAACAUUUAUGAAAAUGCAGGAGUUACUGCAGUCAACAAAGCUGAUUUCAGUGACAACGAGAAAUUACAUGAACACAAUUUGGAGACCCAAAGGGCCAGAAGCUUCAAGCAAUCUGAGAGUUCAGGAGGCAGAUGUUCCAGACUAACAACAAUGUGUCUGAUGCUGAUGUGUGUUCUCCUGCUGACUGCGAUCACUUUGCUGUAUAUCAAAGUCAACAGCCUGACUACAGAAAAAGACCAGUUAGAGAGCAGAUACAAUAAUCUGACUGUAGAGAGAGACCAGUUACAGACCAGUUACAACAAUCUGACUGUAGUAACAGACCAGUUACAAACUAUAUACAACACCUUGAAUGUAGCGAGAAACCAGUUACAGACCAGAUACAACACCCUGGUUUUAGAGAGCAACCAGUUACAGACCAGUUAUAACAACCUGAUUCUAGAGAGAAACCAGUUACAGACCAGUUGCAACAACUUGACUGUAGAAAGAAACCAGUUGCAAAUCAGUUACAACAAUGUGACUGUAGCCAGAGACCAGUUACAGGUCACUCACAAAACUCUGACUGUAGAGAAAGACCAGUUACAGACCAGAUACAACACACUAAAUUUAUUGAAAGACCAGUUACAGACCAGAUACAACACACUGACUGUAGAGAAAGACCAGUUACAGACCAGAUACAACGCACUGACUGUAGAGAAAGACCAGUUACAGACCAGAUACAACACACUGACUGUAGAGAAAGACCAGUUACAGACCAGAUACAACACACAGACCGUAGAGAAAGACCAGUUACAGACCAGAUACAACACACAGACCGUAGAGAAAGACCAGUUACAGACCAGAUACAACAACCUGACUGUAGAGAAAGACCAGUUACAGACCAGAUACAACACACUGACUGUAAUGAAAGAACAUUUACAGAUCAGAUACAACACACUGACUGUAAUGAAAGACCAGUUACAGACCAGAUACAACAACCUGACUGUAGAGAAAAACCAGUUGCAGACCAGAUACAACAACCUGACUGUAGAGAAAGACCAGUUACAGACCAGAUACAACAUCUUGACUGGUGAGAGGGACCAGUUACAGACCAGAUACAACAACUUGACUAUAGAGAGAGACCAGAUACAGACUAGAUACAACAACCUGACUAAAGAGAGAGACCAGAUACAGACCAGAUACAACAACCUGACUAUGGCUAGGGACCAGUUACAGACCAGGUACAACAACCUGACUAAAGAGAGAGACCAGAUACAGACAAGUAAUAACAACCUGCUUCUAGCGAUAAACCGGUUACAGAACAAUUUCAACAACCUGACAGUAGAGAGAGACCAGUUACAGGCCAAUUACAACAAUCUGACUGUAGCCAGAGACCAGUUGCAGUCCACUUAUAAAACUCUGACUGUAGAGAGAGACCAGUUACAGACCAAAUACAACACAGUGACUGUAGAGAAAGACCAGUUACAGACAAGAUACAACACCUUAAAUGAAUUGAAGGACCAGUUACAAACUAGACACAAUACCAUGAAUUUAGAGAGAAUCCAGCUACAGACCAGAUACGACACCCUGGCUUUAGAGAGAAACCAGUUACAGACCAGAUACAACACCCUGGCUUUAGAAAGAAACCAGUUACAGACCAGAUACAACACCCUGGUUUUAGAGAGAAACCAGUUACAGACCCGAUACGACACCCUGGUUUUAGAGAGAAACCAGUUACAGACCAGAUACAGCACCUUGACUGGUGAGAGGAACCACUUACAGACCAGUUUCAACAACCUGAGUAUAGAGAGAGACCAGAUACAGACCAGAUACAACAACCUCAGAGAGCUGUAUGAGUCGAGUAAUAUGUUGGUUAUAUUAGAGCUUGUUAAACAAGGAUGGCACGUCUUUGGCUCCAGUGUUUACUACAUCUCUGCUGAGGACAAGAGCUGGAGUGACAGCAGAAAGUACUGCAGAGAGAAAAAAGCAGACCUGGUGAUCAUAAACAACAGAGAGGAACAGAAAUUCAUUGUUAAACAAAUGGGCAAUAAUCGCCAGGCUUGGAUUGGUCUGAAUGAUGGAGACACAGAGGGAAAGUGGAAAUGGGUGGAUGGGACAGAACUGACUGAUUAUGACACUGGGUACUGGUAUGAGGGGGAGCCGAAUAAUGCAGGUAAUAAUGAGGACUGUGCUGAGACCAGGAAUAUUGCAAGUGUAAAAGCCUGGAAUGACAGAUCAUGUAAUGAUGCAUCCAGGUGGAUCUGUGAGAUAAACCUGUUAUAAAAGUGAAAUAUUAUUAUUAUUAUUAUUAAAUGCCUGCAAUCAUAUCAAAUGUGUGCAAUGAGCAGUUGCGCCACUUGUAACUAUAAUUUGUGAAGAACUAUUUAUCUUGUCACCCUCUCAGUAUCUAACUCAAUACAUGACCAGUCCUCUGAUUUACCUACAAAAUAUAAAACUAAAAAUGUCUAUUUUUCGUCCAUUUAUUUUUAAUAUAUAUU